AUGGAAUCGCCAGAGAUUAGUGAACAAUUGGAGAUGAUCGAUUUGUUGGACUUGGGUGAUAGGACCAGACGCAUGGUACAGCCGCAGUUUCACAAUUCGGCUUCAAAGUUCUUGCUGGAGGUGUACAAUGAGAUCAACGAGGAACAGGAGCCGCAGGAGGUGUUGCAUCAGCGGCACAAGCGUUCCUUGGACGAUGACAUUCUAGUUACAAGCGAUGAUCGACAGGAGAUUGCCAGCUGUAACAGCAUCCUAACAUUCUCCAGUCGCAUCAUGCAACAGCCAGAGCUGGGCCAUGCGAUGGAUCUGCAUAUAACGUUCAAUACGAAUGAUGUGCCCAGGGAUCUGAAGCUAGUUCAAGCCAUGCUGCGUGUCUAUAAGCAAUCCAGUCUGGGGGAGCAAACACAGAACUUCACAGUGUCGAUUUACAGAAGAAUCUACAGUCAUCAGGAAUUGAUUGAUGAUGAGCCCGUCUAUCGCAUACUGCACUCUGUAAACACCACCACGAACUAUAAGGGUUGGCUGGAGUUCAAUUUGACACAGACACUGCGCUCCUGGCUGCUCCACAAGAGCCUCCAGCAGUCGCAGCGGCACGAGCUGCGCAUCUCUGUGGAUGUGGCUCAGUUGAGUGCUCUGGGUUCGGGGCUGGUGGCACCACAAACUGCAAGACGCUCCAAUUUAGAACCUUUCAUUGUCGGUUACUUCAAUGGACCCGAGCUGCUGGUCAAGGCACAAAAGCUGCGAUUCAAACGAGAGUUGAAGACACGUAAGAAUGCGUUGCCAAGUGGACCUCGAAUGCCUCCGCCGGAUCUCUACAAGCCGCCGCAGUCCUGUGAGCGUCUUAACUUCACUGUCGACUUCAAGGAGCUGCAAAUGCACAACUGGGUCAUAGCACCAAAGAAGUUUGAGGCAUACUUCUGUGGUGGCGGCUGCAAUUUUCCUCUCGGCACCAAAAUGAAUGCCACGAAUCAUGCGAUUGUUCAAACCCUAAUGCAUCUGAAGCAACCGCAUCUGCCCAAACCCUGCUGUGUGCCCACUGUGCUGGGUGCAAUAACCAUACUGAGAUACCUAAAUGAGGACAUUAUCGAUUUAACCAAAUACCAAAAGGCGGUGGCCAAGGAGUGUGGAUGUCAUUAG